AAUGCUUGUUCUCUUCUGCGACUGACUCGUAUCCACAUGCCUUUGUCGGAAAUGCAUCGGUAUCAUCGCACACCUGUCAGCGAGCGCCCAGAUUUCACAUGCCGAUCGGCUUGUGUCGUGAUACUCUGUGGAAGACCAUGCUAGAUAAUGCACGUGCUUGUUAUGCAGGCAUUGCAAAUCGUGCAAAUUAUUGCUCGGCUACCGCAAAAUGUCGAAAAGCUUGAUGCUGUGCUGCUCAUCCAGAGAAUUGAUUCGUAUUAUUUCCAUUUGACGUUUUGAUAUAAUCUGCUAGUUUCUCGACUGAAAUGAUAGUUGAUAGCUAAACACACUGCAGCGCAGCGCUUCCUUGGUUUGCAUGGCAUGUCAGUAGCCUCCACGUCGGUUGUCGACCCCACUCAGAUCACGCUCACCAUUCAACGAACAUCACCCACCAAAAUGGGCAGCGGCAGUGUCCUGCGCGCGCUGAAGCUGGCCGCUUUCGGGCUGGACGUGCUGCUCACGCUGCUGGGCGUGCUGCUGGCCGCUGGCGGCGGCUACUGCGCGUUCCUGCUGCGCGCCACCAGCGCUGGGCACGUGACCAGCGCUGACGCCGAUCCUGCCGCGGUGCUGACGGCCGUCGUCAUCACGGUAGUCAUCCUGGCGACGACAGCCGGCGCCUUGCUGGUGGUGGUGGGCCUGCUGGGCUGCUGCGGGGUGGCGCGCGGCAGCCGCUCGCUGCUGCUCGCCCAGGCCUGCGUGCUGGGCGCCCUGCUGCUGCUCCUGAUCGCUACACUCGCUGUGGUCAUCUGGUCAGAGCGUUCCGCUCCCCGGCGCACGGAGCUGGCCGCGCUGGAGUUGAUUCGUCGUCGCGGCAACAUCGACAACGACGACUUGGACGUGCAGCCGGCGUGGCGAGCUGUGCACGCCGUGCAGCGCUGCCUCCGCUGCUGCGGCGUGCUCGGCUACGGCGACUACGUCUCCGUGAACGCCUCGAUCCCGGUGUCGUGCUGCCGCGACGAGACGCCGUCGGCCGCCACGCCGGCGCGCUGCCGCUUCUCGGGCCUGUCGGAGGCGCAGCUGGCUGAACACCCCCUUCUGCAGCGGCGCGGCUGCGGCUCGCUGGUCCGGCGCCGGCUGCGGCUGCUGGCCACGUUGGUAUACUGUCUGUGCGGCCUGGCGCUGGCGGUGCUGAUGGCAGCGCUCUCGGUCAGCUGCUACGUGGCGCUGAACGUGCGGGAGACGGUGCCGGUUAUCCCGGCCAUCCAUGCCAGUGUGCAGUCGCUGCGGAGCAGGAACCACGGAUACGACUGAGCGGCGCAGCAGGAGAGCCCUCAACGGCACGAGCAUGCAUUACUGUGUAACACGGUACCACUUCAUGACGUUACUGCCAGAGUGAUUUCAAACAGACACCGUGUGCUACAUCACAGUUGUCCGCGCGAUGUCUCGCAGUGAGUAUAUUUGGCGUACGCGCAGUGUGCCCGUUCAAAGAUAAGCUGUUGUACAACGAGCAGCAUAGAACGUAACAUGAUUGCCUUGUUCAGAGACGUCUGUUAUUGUCCAGUUGGUGCGAGUUUCCAAUAAAUGUGACCCGUUUCAGCCCCCGGUUCAAAAA